AUGGGGGAGGGGCUAGAAUGCACAACUCGUCUAAAAUCCUACGCCAUCAAUCUCAACGGAGGCAUCUACUCAGUUCAAGGAAGUACCACAGACGCCUUUCCGACACUCGAAGCUCUCUGUGAAUCCUAUAUCCAAACGAAACAACCCCUCCCAGCUGGUGGAAUGCUUUUGAAAGGGGUCAUCCAUAAACCAUGGCAACUGUUUCUCUGUGAUGUUGAACUUCCAGAGCCAGAGAUUUUGUUGGGAAGUGGAGAGUUUGGAAAAGUGGUGAAAGGGAAAUUUCUAAAACCAGGAGUUGGCCCUAUUGACGUCGCAAUCAAGAUGGCAACGGAUUUGAAAAAUGCUGAAAUUACAUCUGAAAUCUACACGGAAGCACGUGUGAUGCGUGCACUCAUUCACCCGAAUAUCAUCCGUUUGGAGGGUGUUGUCGUCGAGAAGAUUCCAGUGAUGCUUGUGAUUGAGUUCAUGGAAGGAAGUAGUCUUUUGGAUGCUCUUCUAAAGAAACGAGUUCCCAAUGAGAUGCGUUUUCCGAUUUGUAUGGCAGUCUUGUAUGCAGUCCUGCACAUGCACAUCAAUUCGUACAUCCAUCGGGAUAUUGCAGCACGGAAUGGGAUGGUCUCUCAUGAUUGUCGGACUGUGAAACUGAUAGAUUUCGGUCUGGCAAAACAUGGAACUCAGUUUAUUCUCAACAAUAUCGGAAAGAUUCCUGUCAAACGACUACCUCCAGAAGUGUUGAGAACCAAGAGAUUCUCUACGAAGAGUGACACUUGGGCACUUGCGAUUUGUUUCUAG